CGCGAACGAUAAGCGAGUACAGCUUUGCCAUGUGGGAAUGAUGAGGCUGUGCGAAGGACAUGUAAGAGAGGAUUGGAAAUUCAAAUUUGAAGGAUGACUGCGUGCACCGACUAUUCCCAAGACCGGUGUUACAAAAUAAAAUAUCACCUCAUUUGCUGUUGAGUUCGGCGACAGUAGUGAAGGUCUGUAUCGUUGGGACGGCCGCAUCACCAUGGUUAAGAAAUUCAUCUGGAGGCUUCACGGGAUCCCCGUGGGCACUCCGGAAGAUGCCGUUGUGGACUAUUUCGAGCCCAGCGAGCGGCAUAGGUUGCGUGUGAAAACGCUGUGUCCGGAUGUGGAUGACCCGGAGAGCAACUUGACCGCGACGAUCGAAUUCGAUCCGCCGACUGGCAAACCCGACGCACCGCCUACGAUAAGGAAUGACCUGUCAUACUAUCUACCUCUGGAGCGCGAUUUUAUGGGGUUUACGCCCCUCUAUCACCCACCAGCUGGCGCAUAUGAUGCAGACAUCAUCGCAAUAACGGGACUUGCCGGCCAUGCGAUCGGUUCGUGGACGCUUCCUGAUGGCAAGAUGUGGUUGCGCGACUUCUUGCCGCACGAUGCGCCGACAGCGCGUAUCUUGACGUAUGGUUAUGACGCUCGCGUCCAGGGUCGCGAUCUUCCAACAUCUACUCUUGGUGAACUUGCAGAAGAGUUCUUGGAUAGUUUGAUCACCAUGCGCGAUUGCACGCCCCAGGCCGAUAAUUUUGAUCGGUCAUAGUUUGGGGUGCUUGUUGAUCAAAAAGGCUAUGACUUCGGCGAACUAUCUUCGGUAUGAGCCUAGAAUGUUACGGUGGCCCGCUGCG